ACAAACUGGUACUGAGCCCAACCCUUUUACGGUUUACCCGCGAAUCAAACACCCCAUUUUUUGUUUGGAGAGCACGAAAUCAAUCACCAACAAUUUCCCCCCUUUCUCUCUCCUCUGACUCAAAUCUCUGUACAUUUCUAGGGUUUUCAACCUUUCAAUUUCAGCUCAAUUAUUUCAAAAUUCAGUACAACAAUGGCGGAAGAAGACGAACAACAGCAAUCGCAGCCACAAAAAGCUUCGUCGCUAGGGCAAACACUCAUACCAGUUGUCAAUAAGCUGCAAGAUAUAUGCUCGCAGUCAGGUAUCUCGAUUCCAAUCAAUUUGCCGCAAGUUGCGGUUGUCGGAAGCCAAAGUAGCGGCAAAUCGAGCGUCAUUGAAGCUCUUGUUGGCCGUGAUUUUCUUCCCAGAGGUCCUGAUGUAGUUACGCGGAGACCUCUUAUGUUGCAGCUCAUUCAAACUAAGGUUAAUAACGGUGACGAUGAUGGUGGUGUGGAAUAUGGGGAGUUCUUGCAUUUGCCUGGCAAUAAGUUCUAUAAUUUUUCCGAAAUCCGCAAUGAAAUUCAGGCUGAAACUGAAAGGGAAGCAGGAGCCAAUAGGGGCAUCUCAGAGAAGACAAUCCGGUUAAAAAUUUACUCUCCCAAUGUUCUUGACAUCACUUUGAUAGAUUUACCCGGAAUAACAAGAGUGCCAGUUGGUGACCAGCCUUCUGAUAUCGAGGCACGAAUUCGCACAAUGAUAAUGAAAUACAUACGUCAUCCCAGCUGCCUAAUAUUAGCUGUUACCCCAGCAAACUCAGAUUUAGCCAAUUCUGAUGCUCUUCAGAUAGCAGGGAAUGCUGACCCUGACGGAAAGCGGACUAUCGGUGUUAUUACAAAGUUGGAUAUCAUGGAUAGGGGUACUGAUGCCCGUAAUUUGUUGCUUGGGAAAGUUAUUCCUCUCCAGCUUGGUUAUGUAGGAGUGGUUAACCGCAGCCAAGAGGACAUCAUGCACAAUCGCAGCAUAAAGGACGCCCUAGCAGCUGAAGAGAGAUUUUUCCGCUCCCAUCCUGGAUAUAUUAAUCUAGCUGAUCGUUGUGGUGUUCCACAAUUGGCAAAGAAAUUGAACCAGAUUUUGGUCCAACACAUCAGAGAAUGUCUCCCGGCAUUAAAGUCAGCGAUAAGCUCACAGUUGGUCACUGUGACGAAGGAAUAUGCUAGCUAUGGAGAGACUCCUGAUACAAGGGCUGGCCAGGGUACUCUUCUGCUAAACAUCCUGUCCAAAUAUUCUGAAGCAUUUAAUUCUUUGGUGGAGGGAAAAAAUGAAGAGAUUUCAACCUCUGAGCUGUCUGGUGGUGCACGAAUUCAUUUUAUUUUCCAAUCUAUCUUUGUAAGGAGUCUGGAGGAUGUUGAUCCAUGUGAUGGAUUGUUAGAUGAAGAUAUCCGAACUGCGAUUCAGAACGCAAGGGGUCCAAGAUCGGCUGUAUUUGCUGCAGAGGUUCCUUUUGAAGUUCUUGUCCGAAGGCAGAUAGCUCGAUUAUCAGAUCCUAGCAUACAAUGUGCACAGUUUAUAUACAAUGAGUUAGUCAAGAUGAGCCACUCGUCUAUGGUUAACGAACUGCAACGUUACCCUGUCCUCAGAAAGCGGGUCGACGAAGUUGUAGGAAGAUUCUUGCGGGAAAACCUUAAUCCUGCGGAGAGCAUUAUAAGACACCUCAUUGAAAUGGAGAUGGAUUACAUAAACACUUCACACCCAAACUUUAUUGGUGGAAGCAAAGCAUUAGAAACGGCUCAGCAGAAAAUUAGGUCAUCAAUGGUAAUUGUACCAGUGUCUAGACCUAGGGAUGGUGGUGAAUCUGACAUGGCAAUUGUUUCUGAGAGGAGUUCAAGAUCUAGACCAGUUACAAGGUCACCAGCAAAUGGAUUUAUUAAGUCACCAGCUAACGGAGUGGUAUCGGAUCAGGGAGUUCGAGCAAAUGCAGAAGCAGCAAGAAAUCGACCUGCUGGUAGCUCCAUCUGGGGUAUUCCAUCCAUCUUCAGUGGGACUGAGAGCCACUCUUCUGCUCAUGAGGCUCCUAAAAGUAAUUCGCAAAGGGAACCGUCUUACAACAUUGAUCAUGCCCUUUCUACCAUUCAUUUGCGAGAGCCACCUUCCAUUUUGAGAUCUUCAGAGACCCUUUCAGAGCAAGAAGCUACAGAGAUAGCUGCUACUAAAUUGCUAUUAUCAUCUUACUUUGACAUUGUGAGGAAAAUUAUCGAGGAUUCAGUGCCCAAGGCUAUCAUGCACUUUUUGGUCAACCACACAAAACGCGAGCUGCACAAUGUUUUAAUUCAGAAACUUUACAGGGAAAAGCUAUUUGAAGAGAUGCUGCAAGAACCUGGAGAAGUGUCGGCUAAAAGAAAACAUGCCCGAGAGACUCUCCGAGUCCUUCAACUGGCUUUUCAGACACUGGACGAAUUGCCUCUUGAAGCUGAGACGAUUGAAAGAGGAUACAGCUUGGGUACCGAUUCAAUUGGGUUACCGCUUACAUCCUCUUAUACCACGAAUUUUUUUUGACAAGUUGAUGUUUGUUCCAAUGAUCUGGAUAGAUGGUAUUUCUUACGACUGCCUAGGUCAGUUCCGAAUGCUCUUAUAUGCGGUGGAGUCUGAGCAAUUCAUUAAUUGACAUGAACAAGAAGUCGUUCGUUUUUUUGAGCUCAAAAAGUUGUGAAUGCAAGGUUGCUUUUAAGAGGAAGCCUUGAUGAGCAAGAACACACUGGCCUCGGUCGAAUCAUAGGUCUCGGUACAUAUUGAUUUUUUUGGUUCACAAUUCAUAAAUGAAAGUGGAGAUAUAAAGUUGUAAUUUUUAUAAAUGAUCAUUCUGUUUUCUAUAUCUUCAAUCAUUUUGUUCUUAAAUAUGUUAUGGCAAGUACAACUAUGUUGCCUGUUGAUUUUUUUCUUUCU